UAACCAUUUUUCUUUCCUACCCUCACCUCCCCACUCCGUCUUCUGCGGCGGUAAUGUAGUUUCUAGCCUCUGCAACUCUCAGUUUACCUACAUUUUUUUUGUUAUCCUUUGGCACCCAUCUUUUCUCAUAAGUCUCAAACUCUCUCUGUUUGUUGAUUCACCUUUUUGCAGUCUUAAGAAUCAAUCGAAACCUUUUCUUUUUGCCUCCUUUUGAACCUAUAUCUAUGUCACGAUAAUCACCGGGCUUCUUCAACUAUGAAAAUGACUUAAAACCCAUUGUUUUUUUGCUUGAUUUUGUACUUCCUGAUGUUACCAUAGAUGCCCAUUUCGAUUUCUCGAAGGUUCAUGUUCGUCAGCAGAAGUCUUGGAAAAUUGAUGUUUCCAGUCUCUUGCUCUUCUCCUUGACUUGACUUGAUGAUAUUUUAGCAGAUCUUCAUAAUCAUAGGUCUCUUAAGCUUCGUUCAAUGGCCUAGUCUCCAUCUGAUAGGACUUGAGCUGGAAGUUUUGUAAGUUCUCCGAGCGUAGUCAAAUUAACAAAGAGAUCAUCAAGAUUACGGUUUUUUUCCCCCAAGAUUGUAGCUUUAUAGUUAAUUUAGUUUUUAGUUUUUGUAGCUGGUAGCCUUUCGCAAUAUUGUCUUGCGGACACCUUUAAGUUUGUAAAUUAGGGUUUUUUCUGGGGUCUCUGAUGGGUUGUCAAGGCUAAUUCCAGUCAAGGGUCUUUUGUAUUUCCAAAAUAUGGCUGCAACUGAGCACUGCUUUGUAGAAUGGAAAGAGCAAUAUGUGUCAAAAGAGAAGGGCAAUCGUGUGGUCCACUACUUGUUGAAGGAUAAUUCAGGGGAGUCCAUUCUUGCUGUCGUGGGAACUGAGAGGAGUGUUAGACACAUGUUUUAUGUUGUCUCUGAGGAGUUCUUGAAUGCCCAUGGGGCCAAGAACUCGGUUCACGCCGGUUUUAGAUGGAGAUCAAGGAGAGAGGUUGUGAACUGGCUCACUUCUAUGCUGUCAAAGCAGCAUAUGCAAGCCGAUUACCCAGGGUCUCCAAAAGAGAAUUCUGCUCCCAAAAUCAAUGCUCGACACACCCAUAUGCCAGCUCAAAAGGGCCGUGUAGCAAGGAAUUUGGAAGCUCAUAAUUUAGAGAUAGCAUGGUCGGGUGUAGCAUGGACAUGUGGUAAACAGCUCAAGCACUACCCAGGAUUUUACAGGAAUGGGAUUACGAUACCGGUACACUCAUUUGUCUUUGUAAUGGCUGAGAAAGAUAACCGUUAUAUAGCAUAUUUGGAAGAUAUGUAUGAAGAUAGAAAGUGCCAGAAAAAGGUCAAAGUGAGAUGGUUUCACCAUAAUAGAGAAGUCAGGGGCACUGUUUCUUUACGAAAUCCUCAUCCUAAAGAAGUUUUCUUCACGCCAUAUGUACAAGUAAUUAGUGCAGAAUGUGUUGAUGGUCCAGCAAUAGUCUUAACUCGUGAACAUUACGAGAAAUGCUUGGCUGUUUUUCCCCAGGAUUUGGUAGGAAAAGUACAUUUUUGCUUCAGACAAUUCAAGAGCAGUAGAGUAAAGCCUUUCAAGCUAAGUAAGUUGAUUGGAUACUUCGAUCAACCCUUCUUCUCGUGUUUUAGUCUUGAUUUUUUCGAGGACGAAGAGUUCAGCUCUGAAGAUGAUGUUAAAGUGGGAGCUAAAAGGGGCAGAACAUGCAGAGAGCAUCAGAAGGCAGCACAUGAACUAUCAUACAAGAAAUUGAAGUAUGGUCUGCUGGGUAGGAAAUCAAAUUUUCUUGUCGAAGGCCACAUUUGGCAUUCUCCAACUUUUAAGGUCAAUGACAAAAUAGAGUUUCUUUGCCAAGAUAGUGGUAUUCGAGGUUGCUGGUUCAGGUGCACAGUUUUAGAGUUUUCUGGGAAGCAGAUGAAAAUUCAAUAUGAUGAUGUAAAAGAUGAAGAUAGUUGCAGCAAUCUUGAGGAAUGGAUUCCAGCAUAUAGACUGGCCAGGGCUGAUAAACUGGGAAUGAGACAUCCUGGUCGUCCAACAAUCAGGCCUGCCAGCCCUUGUUAUCAAGGGAGUUGCAUCUUUGAGGUUGGAGCUCCAGUUGAUGCCUGGUGGAGUGAUGGUUGGUGGGAAGGGGUUAUAUCUGGCGCUUGUGAUUGUAAAAAUGGAAAUCAUCAAAUUUAUAUUCCAGGUGAGGAUUUAUUUUUGAACAUAGAGAAAAAUAGCCUUAGAGUUUCUAGGGAUUGGAUUGGUGAACGAUGGGUGGAUGUUAAGCCGAAAUCUAACAUUCUCUCUCUCAUAUCUGCAACAAGCAUAGAUGCCAAGCUUUUGGCGUCACCAGCUAUUGUCAAGAAAACCAAAUCCGACAAUUCUUGUACUUCAUGUCAUAAAGUUCUUACCAACGUCAAACUUAGUGUAGUGGAAGAGGAGAUCCAUGAUUUAGGAGGUACAACACCAGCCACUAACAUUCUGAAAGAUGACUGCUCGAACGAUAACAAGCACCUAAUGCUUACAAUUCAAGAAAAAGAAAAUAACAUUGAUCGCGUCAAUGAAGAUGAUGAGAAGAACAAUCCCCACUAUGACCUCAGUGAUGCUAAUGUUGUUGACAAAUCCUGCAAUGCUGAUGACAAGGAUGCUAAUGCCGAUGGCUGCAAAGAGGACAAUUUAGUGGAACUGAAGAUUGCUGAGCCGAGAUGUGAAGUAGAAACAAAUGAGGUCAUAACAUAGAAUGAUCAGUGCGUACGAAGUUGUCUCAUCCCUUACCUACCUAGAAUUGGAAAUGCUGGUAGAGUUUAAUCUUGAUAUUAGGAUAGCUGUACAAAAACUAUGUAAUGAAAGAAUGUAAUGCAUUUUAGUCAAUUAGCCAUUGCCCAUGUAAAGAGAUGACCCUUGGAUUUGAAUCUCAGUGAUAACAAGGUAUCUCUUCCAUCACUUAGGUUUGUAGCCUUUUAUUGUGAUGCUGUGUACUAUAUAUGUAUUCGUCCUGUAAGACUUUUUCUUGAACUUUGUAGUAAUAUUAUUUUUAUAAUUGUUCUUUUA